GAUAUAUAAAGGUAGAUAUACAUAUGUUGGAGCUGAAUAUUAUAUUAUAUAUACAUAUAUCAGACAGCCAUAUACAGAUCUAGAAGCUGGGACUAUGGAUAUCUAAAUUGAUAGCACAGUGCCAUGACAGGAGCAGGUCAAUUUACACAUAUUAUAUUGAAAAAAUAAAUAAGCUGAUUCCAACCAAAUAUGGGGGUCAAUUCAAUUUAACUUUAUAUUAGCUGAACUUUAUUUCUGAUCUUGAGAAGAAUAUACAUUAUAAAUAAAUAUUGUGAGGAAUGGCCUUUGUUACAAUAUUAGCUAAGAAUAGGCCUGGCUGAGACUGACAUCUAAAAAUGUGUAUUAUAAAACCACCAUUAGACCAAAGUUGGAUAUGUCAUAUUACACAGCAAUGUCCUUUUUUUAUAUCAAAAUCAUAAUCAGGGAAUAUUCUAAAUCCAAAGUCAAUUUCUGUAUAAAGAUCUUUUGUGCAAACCCAUGAGAGCUCUGUAGUCUUUUAUUAUUAAUCUCUGAUAGUCUUCUCCUCUGUCACUCAGUGUUAUUGAAAGAGGAGUGUCGGCCAUUACAGGCUUGGCAGCUGCACUGAGCUGCAACACUGAUACUCUGUGGGAGUCAGAUUAUCACAGAGAAUGAUGGCGGCUGCAGGGGACUCAGGGCAGGGCCAAAGGGCAAGGCACUAACUCUCUGCCUCUGACAUUACCCCAACUAUAAAGAAUACGGUAAUCCUAUCGCGCAGACUGGUGUAACAGUAAAAUAAAAACUGUAAACUAGAGGCCACAUGCAAAAUGUCCUGUCAGGAACAAUAAAAAGAGAUAAAAUUCCACAGUGUUUUCUGGUGGCUAUAUAAACUUGUUAUGGACUGUCUGAGUCGUAUUUGUAAGUGUAUAUUAUAGCAGGUAGGAGCACAAUACGUUCAACUAAAACUACAAUAAGACACCUUUGAGCACCAUUAUUAUUGUUCUCUGUCGGAACCGGAGUGCGACACCAUAAAUGUCAAAAAUGAAUGAAUAAUCUGGGUAUAAAAGGAGUACUACCACAGACAUCUGAGUCCAUGUCAUGUAAGAAUUAUACUAAAAACAUUGAAACUCGUCGUAUAUAUGUUAUAGAAAAGAGGCUUGAGUGUUCCGCAACAUUUAAACAUUUAAAAAAAAAAAAAAAAAAGCUUGGUUCCCACAGGAAGAAUAAAAUAUUUUACAUAUUUUGUUAGAUUUUAAUGAAUUUCGACUGAUCACUGGUAAAAGCAAAUUGAAUUAUUGGUGAUUGUAAUAUAGACCAGCCCAAAUUUUAAAACCUACUGGUUGUUUUAAUGGCCCUUUUCCAAGGACCAGAAAUAAACACAGUUUACAUUGUUAUAUAUUUUCAGAGUGAAAAGGGAUAUGUUGAAAAAAUGCCAUCAUCUGUAAUGAAAAAAUUUGGGGUUUUAUGUGUCUUCUAAUCUCUCUGCAAAUGCUCAGUGUUUUGACAGUGAAGAUAGAGGCCUGGGUGAUACGAAACCGAACGAAAACCACAAACAUGUUGUGUGCAGAAAAUGUUCUGCAGCUCUAAGAAAACGAAAAUUAGACUACAUGAGCUCUUUGAUAGACUAAACGUCUUAGACAUGCACUUUGAUUCGGUUGUUAUCUCUCACAUAACGAGCUGAGAUCCGUCUGCUGUGCUGUGUGAUAAUUAACUCUGCUUUUAAAGACUGCCAUGAGUGGGUCCGAUGAUCCGUUGCUGUAAUGAAAUAUAUUUAAAUUGCUAUUGUUUUUCGUCUAGUGGGCUACAUGACUUGUUAGGGUUUUUUUUAAAUAUAAAUUAUUUUAAAAGCAUGUAUUCCCCACAGUGGUGCGGCCGUUUUUAUUAAAGCAUUUAUUUUAAAGUGAUGUCGACCGAAAAUGUAACGUUGCUGUGGCAGACAGUGUUCUGUCAGAGCCGCAAACACUUGAGUGGAAGAGGGAACAGCUUGUUUUUUGUUGAAGUCCCAAUAGGCGGCGCUGCAGACUUGCAUUCUGUUGCUCCAACUCUUUCCAGCUAACUACAAACCCCUGUCAGUCCUGCUGCACUGAACAUUACAAUUUGCAUAUUCAUGUUGAAAACUUAAGUUUUCCUCCAGUCUUUUUGUCACAGUAAAAUGAUAAGAUAAUUAGAGAAAAACAAGAUGAAAUAAUUAAAGGUAAGGUGGGUCCUAAUGAGUCCCAUCAGUGCAUUUUGACAUUUCACUAACAGAAAUAUCAGCAGACUUUUCCAGCCUUGAUUUAAAUACCUAAAUAUUUUCAUUUAAUUUCGCAUGAGCUUUUCGGUGUCUUGCGGUUGGAUGGAAAAUUCAACAUCUUCAUUCAAUAAUAACCUGUUGUUGUGCAGCCUGCUCGUGUGCGUAAAAACACUUUGUCUCUAGCACAAAGAAGCGCACUUUAACUUUUGAUUCGGGCUGUCACAAGUCUUAAUUACUUACUGCAUCUGUGGCCAGAAACAAACCGCAAUCUAAUUAAAGAGCAGUCUAAUUCAUCGCAUAUACUCUGUCACUUCUCAUAAACUCAAUAAAAAGACUGAGUGGGACAUUGAAAGUAUGUAAGAAUGAGACUUCAUUUUUUGAAUCUGCUUUUGAACAAAAAUGACUUUUACUGAUUAAGGCUUAUCUCAACAUAUACAUGUAGUCUCUGCAUAUCUCAGGCUAUUUUAUUGCACACAAUUGAUCAAAUAUAAUAAAAUGUCAGUUCCUUUCUGGAAAUCAUAUGGGAUGAUUAUGCGGUAAUAAUCCUGUUUAGUUGUAAAUAACACAGGUAAAACUGCCCAGGCAACGUGUGUGACGUUCUCGUGACGUUGUAAUUAUGCAAUUUUAUAAAGUGUUUUCAAACAGUUUAAUGAGACACUUCUUUUACACACUGUGCAAAGAAGGGAAAAACGCAGCUCAUGGUCUGAAGAAUACAAGUGGCGUUUACUUUGUAUUUCUUCCCAGUGCUGCUCAUCUCUGUUGUAGUUUUUUCUGUCACAAACCUCAUCAUUUUUUUAUUUUUACCACAGAAAAAUAAAACCAUUUAAUGUGGUGGCUCUUGCAUGUGCCCUCCAUUUUCGCAAAUGGGGUCUAUGGUUUGAAGAAAAAAAAAUCUUGUAAGCUGCUCAAGUAUCCAAACGCACGUUUUAAAAAGCAUGGAGUUGGAGGAAAAAACGAGCAGGGUUUCCUCCUGCGCUUCCAAUCGUGUCUCCAAAAGAAGGUAUCAGCCUUGGCUAUAUGGUGUAUGAGAGGUGUCAGAAGAUGCAGAUUGAGCCGAACACGCUUCUCUACAAUGGUCUGGAGCCCUAGUUGCUAUCCAAACACAAAUAAACAGAGGAGGAACAUUGGAGUUAAUGAUAGAGGAGGGGGGUGGAGGCGUGUCGGAGGGCGGGCUGAGCACUCCAGAGCCCCGGAGCCCUGAAAAGUGAAGGGCCGGUGCGCAUUACGCACACUUCCAGCCCCAGCUCCGGACGGGACUCCCAUGCUGCUGCUGUCUCUCCUCCAAAACUUCUUCGCCUCUUUCCACAACUUUUCACAACUUGUCACAUCUCCGCAAAGGGUCCGAGACAUCAGAGUUGGCUGCAUGGCUAUAUGAAAGUUUCAUGGACUUGGAACUUGGAAAACUUUUAGCGGCGCUUUAUUGGAGCUCGUCGCCUCUAUAGUUACUGUGGAUUACUGACAUACCGCAGGACCUUUGGCAGCUAUUUAUUGGGGGUUAUCACCGUGUCUUCUGCAGAGGUCUGAGCCGAGAUGGGGAGCAAAGCCCUGCACGCUCCGAUCCCCCUGCACCCGGCCCUCCAGCUCACAAACUACUCCUUCCUGCAGGCCGUCAACACUUUCCCCGCUGACCAGCUGCAGGGAUUGUACGGCCUCAGCGCUGUGCAAACCAUGCACAUGAACCAUUGGACUCUUGGUUACCCGCACAUCCAAGGACUGAGGUCGACGAUCACAGAGAUGGCAGCCGCCCAGGGCCUGGUGGACCCCAGGAUUCCCUUCCCAGGGUUACCCUUCACAGCCGCAGCGCAACUCUUCCAUCCAAAACAAGGCGGCGUUGCGCACGGCGUCCCCUCGCUGCACAAGGACAGGCCGAGGUUUGACUUCGCCAACCUGGCCCUCGCUGCCACACAGGAGGACCCGCCGAAAGCUGCGGAUUUGGAGAAGUUGGCGUUAGGAGGGACCAUCUCUGAGCUGAGCAAGCUGUCCCCGGACAGAAAACCCACGAGGGGCAGGCUCCCAUCCAAGACUAAAAAGGAAUUUAUUUGCAAGUUCUGCGGCAGGCAUUUCACCAAAUCCUACAACCUCCUCAUCCACGAGAGGACCCACACAGACGAGCGGCCUUAUACCUGUGAUAUUUGCCACAAGGCCUUCAGAAGACAAGACCAUCUCAGAGACCACAGAUACAUCCACUCCAAGGAAAAACCAUUCAAAUGUCAAGAAUGUGGGAAGGGAUUCUGUCAGUCUCGAACUCUAGCCGUCCAUAAAACCUUACAUAUGCAGGAGUCUCCCCACAAAUGCCCCACAUGCGGAAGAACCUUUAAUCAAAGAAGUAACCUGAAAACUCACCUUCUCACCCAUACAGACAUCAAGCCCUACAGCUGUGGCCGCUGCGGAAAGGUGUUUCGGCGCAACUGUGACUUGCGACGGCACAGUUUGACGCACAGCCCACAUCAGGACUACUAGCCUGGACAGACAAACAAAAUAACAAUGGACAAAAACGCAAGAAGAUUUUUUUUUUUUUUUUUUUUGGCUUUUUUUUUUGUUCAAAGACAAUCUCCAAAUCAGGACACGUUUACUGCAGCACAUCGUAGAGUGGGAUUUGGUUGAACCUCAAGUGGGACAGCAGCGGAGCCAUGGCCGUGUCCAGCUUUCACACCACCUGUAAAUAUCAAAGAACAUGUACAUAAUGGUGUUUUUUUAUUUUCUCUUCUGACCUUGAACUCAUAAAGUUGUCAAAAAAUAGUCAUAAGUUUAAAGUAUGUUAAAUUGUAUUUUAGAAAUAAAUAUUUCCGUUAUA